GGGAAAGAGCUCCGUGACCCUUUAAAUAAUUAUUUAAAAAGAGUACAAUUUUUUUUUAAUUCAUUUCGUUAAAGAGACUUUAAAAAGCGUUUUCUCUUUCGAAAAAUCGUUUGUGUUAUAAUUUGUUUUUCUUAAAUGUUUUUUUUUCAUUUUCGUUUUGUUUUAUUAAUUAAUUAAUUAAUUAAUUAUUUUACAACGAAUAGUGUAGUGUAACCUGGAAGAUCAUACAUAUAUAUAUAUAAUUUGUGAUCGUCCAAUUUGGUUUCAUCAGCGUUUUAUAAAAUCGCGUCAAUGUUCUCCAGAAUACGGACUAUCUUCUAGAACGUGGGUGAACUUAAGGAUAUUAAAAGAAUACACAUAAUAAAUAAACAAACAUGUUGAUAAGGGAGUUAGCGGUCGUUUGGGUCGCCGUCCUCUUGUGCCAUCUUCAAGUAACGGAGUCUCAGGUCCUGAACACAAAUGUCUUCACCUGUCCGAACGGAUGGGAACUAAGGGGAAUCCACUGUUACAAAUUCUUCAAUAUCAAGCAUUCAUGGGAAAAAGCAGCCGAGCUAUGCAGAAGGUAUGGAAGCGAGCUGAUGGUAGUGGAAUCAUACAGCGAGAACAAUAUGACUGUGGGAAUGAUUGGACGUAAUUUGGACAAAUAUUGGCUGGGUUUGGCAUCUCUCGAUGAUUUAAGAACCAAUACCCUUGAGUCAGCGGCUGGCAUGCUGGUCUCGCAAUAUGCCGGUUUCUGGGCGUCGAAACAACCAAAUCCUCACUCUGGCGAGUGUGUCGAUGUCGCCAUCACUGACGAACAACAUCAAUCUUGGGAACUUACAACUUGCGAAUCCCUCUUGCCUUUCAUGUGCCGCGCCAAUGCUUGUCCUGCAGGUUCCUUCCACUGUUCAAAUGGCAAAUGUAUAAACUCCGCAUUCAAGUGUGACAAACAAGACGAUUGCGGAGAUUUCUCCGAUGAAUUGGAUUGUCCUGGAAAUUGUCAUUUCUACAUGGCAAGUAGUGGCGAUGUUGUUGAAAGUCCUAAUUAUCCACACAAAUAUGGACCCUUGAGCAACUGCAAAUGGACACUAGAAGGUCCACAAGGUCACAACAUUCUGCUCCAAUUCCAAGAAUUCGAGACGGAGAAGAGUUUCGAUAUCGUGCAAAUUCUCGUGGGUGGCAGAACAGAGGAAAAAUCCGUCAACUUGGCAACUCUUUCGGGAAAACAGGAACUUAGUAACAAGCUAUUUGUGUCCGCGUCUAAUUUCAUGAUUAUCAAAUUCAGCACGGAUGGUUCUGUGGAGAGAAAAGGAUUCCGGGCUUCCUGGAAAACAGAGCCACAAACUUGUGGUGGAAUAUUACGUGCAACUCCCCAAGGACAAGUGCUCACGUCACCUGGCUAUCCGCAAAAUUAUCCUGGCGGUCUCGAAUGCCUCUACAUCCUUCAGGCACAACCCGGACGAAUUAUGUCCUUGGAAAUCGAAGACCUUGAUCUAGAGAUGAACCGAGAUUACAUUUUGAUUCGCGACGGAGACUCACCAAUGAGCCGACCAAUUGCAAGAUUGACGGGAAAUUCUGAAGAUAAUCCGACAGUUAUCAUGUCAACUGGAAACAAUCUUUACCUCUACUUUAAAACGAGUUUGGGUGACUCGAAACGAGGUUUCACCAUUCGCUACACUCAAGGAUGUAAAGCCACAAUCAUCGCUAAAAAUGGAACUGUACAAUCACCCUCCUAUGCACUCAACGACUAUCCAAACAAUCAAGAAUGUUUGUACAAAAUUAAAAAUCCCCAAGGUGGUCCUCUUUCGUUAAAAUUCACCAAUUUUGACGUUCACAAAACGGACUUCAUUCAGGUGUAUGACGGACCCAAUGCAAAUGGCCUUAGGCUUCAUUCUGGAAAUGGAUUCACAUCGAAUACUCGACCUAAAAUUACCCUCACGGCAGAGAGUGGUGAAAUGUUGAUUAGAUUUGUUUCCGAUGCACUUCAUAGUAGUAUCGGCUGGCAGGCGGCAUUUUCAGCUGAUUGUCCACCACUGCAUCCUGGAGAAGGAGCAUUGGCAUCCAAUAGGGACACAGCUUUUGGAACAACAGUGACUUUCUCUUGUCUUCUUGGUCAGGAAUUUGCAACCGGAAAAUCCAAAAUUUCCACAACCUGCUUACCAGGUGGUAAUUGGUCUGUCACCUACAUUCCAAAAUGUCAGGAAGUUUAUUGCGGUCCAGUUCCUCAAAUAGACAAUGGAUUCUCCAUUGGUUCAACAAACGUGACCUAUCGUGGUUUAGCUACCUAUCAAUGUUACGCUGGUUUUGCUUUCCCAUCAAGUAAACCAGUGGAGAAAAUUUCCUGCUUAUCUGAUGGACGAUGGGAGAAGAAACCUUCAUGUCUGGCGUCACAGUGUCCACCACUUCCUGAAGCACCUCACGCCAAUAUGACCAUUUUGAAUGGCGGAGGUCGAAGCUAUGGAACCAUUGUAAGAUUCGAGUGUGAACCAGGUUACGUUAGAAGUGGACAUCCAGUAAUUCUUUGUAUGAGCAACGGUACCUGGUCUGACGAUGUUCCAGUUUGUUCCCGCGCCAAGUGUCCAAUACUUCCAACAAUUAAAAACGGUUUUGUCGUUGAUUUAACUAGAGAAUAUUAUUUCGGUGAUGAGGCUAGAGUUCAGUGUAACAGAGGAUACAAAUCCACCGGUUCGAAUAUCAUUCAAUGUGGUACUAAUCAGCAUUUCGACAAUGUUCCCACCUGCGAAGACAUUAACGAGUGCGCAUCAAGUCAAUGCGAUUCGGCUUCAACGGAAUGCAUCAACACCUCUGGGGCUUUUACCUGCAAAUGUAAAUCCGGAUUUACACCAACUAUGGAAUGUCGACCAAUUGGAGAUUUAGGUUUAAUUAACGGUGGUAUCCCCGAUGAGUCCAUUAUUGUCUCCAGCUCUGAAGUAGGAUAUUCUAAAUCCGGAAUUCGUUUGAAUAAUGGAGAUGGAUGGUGUGGCAAUAGCAUUGAACCCGGAGCAAAUUGGGUGACAAUUGACAUGAAGGCGCCAACAAUUAUCAGAGGCUUCAGAACUCAAGUUGUCGUCCGUUCUGAUGGAAAUACAGCUUUUGCGACAGCAGUUCGUAUUCAGUAUACUGAUGAUUUAACCGAUGCAAUGAAGGAUUACACAAAUCCAGACGGUACUCCAGUGGAAUUUAGAAUACUUGAGCCAACUCUAUCGGUGUUGAAUUUACCAGUACCGAUUGAGGCAAGAUUUAUUAGGUUCAAAAUUCAGGAUUACGUUGGCGCACCUUGUGUUAAACUGGAACUUAUGGGCUGUACCCGAUUGGAAUGUAUGGACAUCAAUGAAUGUGCUACGAAAAAUGGUGGUUGUCAUCAGAAGUGUAUCAAUAGCCCUGGCAGUUAUUCCUGUAUGUGUAACACUGGAUUUGAAUUAUACAAAGGUAAUGGAACAGCUGGCUUUAACAUCGAAAAAUCAGAAACAGGUGAACGUGAUGGUGAUUUGUAUCAAAAGAACAAGACCUGUGUACCAGUUAUGUGUCCCACUUUACCGGCACCAGAAAACGGUAAAAUCUUAUCAACAAAUGAUAAAUUCCAUUUUGGAGAUUUAAUUAAAUUCCAAUGUGAUUUUGGUUACGUUUUGGCGGGUUCUUCGGCUGUUAUUUGUACAUCAAGUGGACAGUGGAAUGGAACAACACCAGAAUGUCAAUAUGCAAAAUGUGUCUCACUACCUGAUGAUAAGAAUGAAGGUCUCUCAGUAAUCAGAAAUGAUGAAACAAGUGUUUUGGUUCCUUUCAAGCAAAAUGUUACACUCAAGUGCAAUAAUAAUGGACGUUAUCUUCGAAAUACUGCUUCUUCAAAUUUCCGUCAAUGUGUCUAUGAUCCAAAAGCAGGUCUACCUGAUUAUUGGCUAUCGGGAAUGCAACCCGCAUGUCCUCGUGUUGAUUGCGGUAAACCUUUACCAACACCUGGAGCAGAAUAUGGUCAAUAUUUGGAUACAAAGUAUCAAUCAUCUUUCUUCUUUGGUUGUCAAGAUACAUUUAAACUAGCGGGACAAACAAAUCGUCAUGAUAAUGUUGUUCGUUGUCAGGCAAAUGGCGUUUGGGAUUUUGGAAAUUUACGUUGUGAAGGUCCAGUUUGUGAAGAUCCUGGUAGACCAAGUGAUGGUUUCCAAACCUCAAGAAGUUAUGAACAAGGAUCUGAGGUUCAGUUUGGCUGUAAUCGUCCGGGUUAUAUUUUGAUAAAUCCCAGGCCUAUUGUUUGUCUCAGGGAACCUGAAUGUAAAGUUGUUAAACCUCUUGGUCUAUCGUCAGGACGUAUUCCUGAUUCAGCAAUUAAUGCCACAUCGGAGAGACCAAAUUAUGAGGCCAAGAAUGUUCGAUUAAAUUCAGUUACCGGUUGGUGUGGAAAACAGGAACCUUUUACUUAUGUCACAGUCGAUUUAGGACGAGUUCACCGUGUUAAAGCUAUUCUUGUAAAAGGAGUUGUGACCAAUGAUGUUGUAGGCAGACCAACAGAAAUUCGUUUCUUCUACAAGCAAGUCGAGAGUGAAAGUUACAUUGUUUAUUUCCCUAAUUUCAAUUUGACCAUGAGAGAUCCGGGUAAUUAUGGAGAAUUGGCAAUGAUCACUCUUCCUAAAUACGUUCAAGCACGGUUUGUAAUUCUCGGUAUUGUCAGUUACAUGGACAAUGCUUGUCUCAAAUUCGAACUAAUGGGUUGUGAAGAACCAUCAGUUGAGCCAUUACUUGGAUAUGAUUAUGGAUUCUCACCGUGUGUUGACAAUGAACCACCAGUCUUCCAAAAUUGUCCUCAGCAACCAAUAAUGGUCCAAAAGGGAGCCGACGGCGGUUUACUACCAGUUAACUUUACCGAACCAACAGCUAUUGAUAACAGUGGCAGUAUUGCUCGUCUAGAAGUGAAACCCCAAAGUUUCAAAACACCAAUUCGAGUUUUUGAAGACACUGUCGUCAAGUACGUUGCAUUUGAUUAUGAUGGCAAUGUCGCUAUUUGUGAAAUUAACAUAACUGUUCCUGAUGUAACACCCCCAAAACUGAGCUGUCCUCAAAGUUAUGUUAUUGAACUGGUUGAUAAGCAAGAGAGUUACAAUGUCAACUUCAAUGAAACUCGGAGACGUAUCAACGCUACUGAUGCAUCAGGUCCGGUUAAAAUUACGUUUGUUCCUGAACGUGCAGUCAUACCUAUUGGCAGCUUUGAGAAUGUCACCGUUUACGCCACUGAUUCCAGUGGAAACAGAGCCUUUUGUCAUUUCCAAGUUUCGGUUCAGGCAACACCUUGCGUCGAUUGGGAAUUAAAACCACCAGCUAAUGGUGGUCUUAAAUGUCUACCAGGUGACAAAGGACUUCAGUGUAUAGCGUCUUGUAAAUCGGAAUACAGAUUCACUGACGGAUCAUCAGUGAAAACAUUUACCUGCGACUCGGCAAGACAUUGGGCACCAUCAUCCGUUGUCCCCGAUUGCGUUUCUGAAAACACCCAAAAAGCCGAUUACCAUGUGGUUGCUUCUGUAACAUAUCGUGCCAAUGGCGCUGUCUCCCGCCCUUGUCUUCCACAAUAUCAAGAUCUAAUGGCUCAGUACUAUCUAAAUCUCAACAAUAUUUUGACCCAACGUUGUUCGGCCGUUAAUGUUAAUAUGAAUGUUUCCUUUAUUCGAUCAAUGCCAACUCUUUUGGAAGAGAAUGUUCUCAAGAUGGAUUUCAUUCUUGCAAUCGUACCCGCAGUUCGUCAGCCGAAACUCUACGAUUUUUGCGGAAGUACAUUACAUCUGAUUUUUGAUCUUUCAGUCCCUUACGCCAGUGCUGUUAUUGAACCCUUGUUGAACGUUUCUUCCAUUGGAAAUCAAUGUCCUCCUUUACGUGCUCUCAAAUCAUCGAUCUCUAGAGGUUUCACUUGUAGUAUUGGAGAAGUGUUAAACAUGGAUACAAAUGAUGUACCCCGUUGUUUGCAUUGUCCAGCUGGAACAUUCGCAGGAGAAAAACAGAAAAUGUGCACCUCUUGUCCAAAAGGAUACUAUCAGAAUAGCGAUCGUCAGGGAAAUUGUUUGCGUUGUCCAUUUGGAACAUACACCAAGGAAGAAGGAUCCAAGAGUAUUGAUGACUGUAUUCCUGUUUGUGGCUAUGGAACUUAUUCACCAACUGGUCUUGUACCGUGUUUAGAGUGUCCAAGAAACAGUUACAGUGGCGAACCACCAACUGGAGGUUUCAAAGAUUGCAAAACUUGUCCAGCUGGAACAUUUACUUAUCAACCGGCAGCUCCUGGAAAAGAUCGCUGUCGAGCAAAAUGCUCCCCAGGAAUGUAUUCAGAUACUGGUUUGACACCUUGCGCUCAAUGUCCAAAGGACUUUUUCCAACCACAACAUGGAGCGACAACUUGCAAUGAAUGUCCAACUAAUAUGUACACCGACGGAGCUGGUGCUGUUGGUCGUGAAGAAUGUAAACCCGUCACUUGUACUGACAGUGUUUGUCAACAUGGAGGUCUUUGUAUGCCCGUGGGACAUGGAGUUCAAUGUAUCUGUCCAGCUGGAUUCUCGGGUAGACGAUGUGAAAUCGAUAUCGACGAAUGCGCUUCUCAACCAUGUUACAAUGGAGCAACUUGCAUUGAUUUACCUCAAGGCUACAGAUGUCAGUGUGCCAAUGGCUAUUCAGGAAAUAAUUGUCAAGAAGAAAAGUCCGAUUGCACCAAUGACACGUGUCCAGAACGAGCCAUGUGUAAAGACGAACCAGGAUUUAAUAAUUACACUUGUCUCUGCAGAUCCGGAUACACUGGAGUCGAUUGUGACAUAACUAUCAACCCUUGCACUGCUAGCGGAAAUCCAUGCAACAAUGGAGCGACGUGUAUUGCUUUACAGCAAGGACGAUACAAAUGCGAUUGUUUGCCAGGUUGGGAGGGUCAAAGUUGUGAGAUUAACACCGAUGAUUGUGCAGAAAAGCCUUGUUUAUUGGGUGCCAAUUGUACCGAUCUGAUAGCAGACUUUUCCUGUGACUGUCCUCCAGGAUUCAGCGGCAAACGUUGUCACCAAAAAAUAGACCUCUGCUCGGGAAAUCCUUGUUUAAAUGGAAUUUGUGUUGAUAAGUUAUUCAGUCACGAGUGUAUAUGUCAUCCAGGAUGGAGUGGAUCAGCUUGUGAAUCUAACAUCAAUGAAUGUUCAGCGAAACCUUGCAAGAACGGAGGACAGUGUACUGAUCAGGUGAACGGUUACAGUUGUACCUGUGAGCCAGGAUAUACUGGUAAACAGUGUCAACACACUGUCGAUGAUUGUGCCGUGAAACCUUGUCAAAAUGGUGGCAGCUGCAUAGAUCAACUCGAAGGUUUCGUUUGUAAAUGUCGACCUGGAUUUGUGGGAUUACAAUGUGAAGCUGAAAUCGAUGAAUGUUUGAGUGAUCCUUGCAAUCCCGUUGGUACAGAGAGAUGCGUUGAUUUGGAUAAUAAAUUUGUCUGUCAGUGUAGAGAAGGAUUUACCGGUGCAUCCUGUGAGGUGAAUAUCGACGAUUGUGCCGCUGAUCCUUGUCUAAAUGGAGCAACUUGUAGAGAUGAAGUCGGAGGUUUCAAAUGUAUGUGCACUGAAGGAUGGACUGGUGAUCGUUGUGAACUCGACGUUGGUACAUGUCAAAAUCAUCCUUGUCAAAAUGAUGCUGCUUGCGUUGAUUUGUUCCAAGAUUAUUUCUGCGUAUGUCCAUCGGGAACGGAUGGUAAACAAUGUGAAACAGCACCUGAACGUUGUAUUGGAAAUCCUUGUAUGCACAAUGGUCGUUGUCAAGACUUUGGAUCUGGCUUAAAUUGCACAUGUCCGGAUGAUUUCACUGGUAUUGGUUGUCAAUAUGAAUAUGACGCUUGUCAAGCUGGUGCCUGUAAAAAUGGAGCCUCUUGCAUUGACAAUGGAAUUGGAUUCACUUGCAUCUGUCCACCUGGAUUCACUGGCAAAACAUGCGAGGAAGAUAUCAUUGACUGUAAGGAAAAUUCUUGUCCACCAUCAGCUACCUGCGUUGAUCUCACUGGAAAAUUCUUCUGUCAAUGUCCAUUUAAUUUAACCGGUGACGAUUGUAGAAAAUCGAUUCAAGUUGAUUAUGACAUGUACUUUAGUGAUCCAACCCGCAGUAGUGCUGCUCAAGUGAUUCCCUUCUUCACAGGAGGUAAAAAGAGUUUGACAAUUGCUCUUUGGGUUCAAUUUACACAGAAAGAUGAAGCUGGAAUAUUCUUCACGCUAUACAGUGUCAAUUCACCGCACGUUCCAAUGAAUCGUAGGCCAAUGAUUCAAGCACACAGCAAUGGAGUGCAAAUUUCUAUUUUCCCUGAUCUUCAAGAUGUCUAUUUACCAUUUAGGGAAUAUGCGACAAUGAACGAUGGACAAUGGCAUCAUGUGGCUGUUGUUUGGAAUGGUGAAAACGGUGGAGAACUUACUCUUAUUACAGAGGGAUUGAUCGCAAGCAAAACUGAGGGAUACGGCAGUGGAAGAAAUCUACCAUCCUACGCUUGGGCAGUUCUUGGUAAACCUCAAAGUGAGAACGUAAAAGGUUACACUGAAUCCGGCUUCCAGGGACAUUUGACAAAAGUACAAGUUUGGAGUCGAGCUCUACAUGUGACAAACGAAAUUCAAAAACAGGUUCGCGAUUGUCGUACAGAGCCAGUACUUUACCAAGAUCUAAUUCUCACCUGGGCUGGUUAUGAUGAAACAACUGGUGGUGUUGAGAGAGUGGUUCCUUCACAUUGCGGCCAUAGAGUCUGUCCACCUGGCUAUGGCGGUAACAAAUGUCAACAAUUAGAGGCUGACAAAAUUCCACCAAAGGUUGAACAUUGUCCAGGGGAUCUUUGGGUGAUUGCGAAAAAUGGUUCAUCAAUUGUCAACUGGGAUGAGCCACAAUUCUCCGAUAAUGUUGGAGUCGUGAGAAUGAUAGAAAAGAGUGGCCAUCGAUCAGGACAAACUUUACUCUGGGGUACUUAUGACAUUAGCUAUGUCGCUUAUGAUCAAGCAGGAAAUUCCGCUAGUUGCAGUUUUAAAGUUUACGUCUUGUCCGAUUUCUGUCCGGAAUUAGAAGAUCCAAUUGGUGGAUCUCAACAGUGUAAGGAUUGGGGUUCUGGUGGUCAAUUUAAGGUAUGCGAAAUAUCUUGCAACUCUGGACUCAGAUUUUCGCAGGAGAUUCCCAAAUUCUACACAUGUGGAGCUGAAGGUUUUUGGCGACCUACUAUCAAUCCUGGAUUACCACUCGUCUAUCCUGCUUGCACAAAUUCAAUCCCGGCUCAACGUGUUUUCAAAAUCAAAAUGAACUUCCCCACUUCUGUGCUUUGCAAUGAAGCGGGUCAAGGAGUUCUCAAGCAGAAGGUUCGAAAUGCCGUCAACUCUCUAAAUAGGGACUGGAACUUCUGUUCUUUCUCAUUCGAAGGUACAAGGGAAUGUAAGGAUUUGAACAUUGAUGUUCAAUGUGAUCAUCGAUCUCGUGCAACUAGAGAAACACAUGAAGAAGAUGCAGGAACGUACACAGUAUCAGCUGCUGUACCAGUUGAAGCAACAAGAAGAUCGCGUCAAGGCAGUGAUACCUACGAGGUGCAGAUCUCAUUCCCAGCGAUAAAUGAUCCGAUUCUAAACACCAAUUCGAAUGAUCGAGCAUCUGUACAUACAUUACUCCAGAAACUUAUUUUGGAGGAAGAUCAAUUUGAUGUUCAUGAUAUUUUGCCAAAUACCAUUCCUGAUCCGGCGUCAUUGAUUCUUGAAUCAGAUUACGCGUGUCCGGUUGGUCAAGUUGUUAUGGCACCUGAAUGCGUUCCAUGUGCCGUUGGUACUUUCUACAACGAAGCAACGAAUAAAUGUGACUUCUGUCCAGUUGGAACCUAUCAAAGUGAAUCGGGACAAUUGAAAUGCAGUUCAUGUCCAGUGAUAGCGGGACGUCCUAGUGUCACCAUUGGACCUGGUGCAAGAAGUGCUGCCGAUUGUAAGGAACGUUGUCCAGCUGGAAAGUACUAUGACGAUGAAGCGGGACUUUGCCGAAGUUGUGGACAUGGAUUCUAUCAGCCAAAUGAAGGAAGUUUCUCAUGUUCUUUGUGUGGUUUGGGUAAAACAACGAGAACCGCUGAAGCAGUUUCUCAUGAGGAAUGUCGCGAUGAAUGUGGAUCAGGACAACAACUUGCUGUUGAAGGAAAAUGUGAACCUUGUCCUCGUGGCACCUAUCGAAUGCAAGGAGUUCAAGCUUCGUGUCAGGCGUGUCCAUUGGGUAGAACAACACCAAAUAUUGGAUCAGCCGCUAUUGAGGAAUGUUCACUUCCUGUUUGUGAGCCUGGAACUCAUUUGAAUGGUACUCUCAACGAAUGUGUCGAAUGUAAAAAGGGAACCUAUCAAUCCGAAUCGCAACAGACUUUCUGCAUUCCUUGUCCACCUAAUACCAGCACUAAAGGAUCAGCUGCGACCAGCAAAGAUGACUGCACAAAUCCAUGUGAGACAAGUGGUGAGGAAUUCCACUGUGACGCCAAUGCUUAUUGUUUGCUGAUCUCCGAAACAAGUGAUUUCAAAUGUGAAUGUAAACCAGGAUACAAUGGAACUGGACACGAGUGUACUGAUGUGUGCUUAGGCUAUUGCGACAAUGAAGGAGUUUGCUUCAAGGAUUCCAGAGGACAACCAUCUUGCAGAUGUAGCGGUAGCUUCACCGGCAAACAAUGUACCGAAAAAUCUGACUUCUUCUACAUCACCGGAGGAAUUGCAUCGGGAGUAAUUCUUGUCAUCUUCAUUGCUCUUCUCGUAUGGAUGAUUUGUGUCAGGGCUUCAAAGAAGAAAGAACCAAAGAAGAUGCUAACACCAGCAGCAGAUCAAAAUGGUUCACAAGUCAACUUUUAUUAUGGAGCACCAACGCCUUACGCUGAAUCAAUUGCUCCAUCUCAUCACAGUACUUACGCUCAUUAUUAUGAUGAUGAGGAAGAUGGAUGGGAGAUGCCAAAUUUCUACAAUGAGACAUACAUGAAAGAGAGUCUGCAUAAUGGAGGUAAAAUGAAUAGUUUAGCGCGAUCAAAUGCUAGUAUUUAUGGAACAAAAGAAGAUCUCUAUGACCGACUAAAGCGACAUGCUUAUCCUGGCAAAAAAGAUAAAAGUGACAGCGACAGUGAAGGACAGUGAUGUCGAAGAGUCAAUAAGAAAUGAGAAAUAAAUAUAAAUUCCUCCCCCCCCUCCCACUCAUCCAAUGGGACGUCGAACAUUAACUAUUAUUGUGUUCUUUACCAAGAAAUUGUUAUUUAUAUUUUGAUAUUAAGCAAAAUAAUAAUUGAAAUACGCUGUAAAAAAAAGAAAAAGAUUCACGUUGAUAAGUGUUAACUGCUGAUUGUAUAACAUUUUUUUUUUUUUUUUGCAAAUUCAGAAAAUUUAGAAAAUUUCUUUUAAAUAAGAAAUGCAUUUAUUUUUUGCUAAGUGAAAAUUUUGCGCUUUUAAAAAUAAAAAGUUAAUAUUAUUAUAAUUUAGAAUCCGUUAUAGUUGUUUUUACAAAUUCAAACCACCGCUGUUACCAGUAGCGAACUAUAUAUACAUAUAUAAAUAUAUAUAGAUAGACGGUCAAAUUAGAAAUUGAUUAACUAUGUUUUUUUUAAUUUUUCAGCGCGCUACUUAACAAUACAAAUAUAUAUAUAUAUAAUACAUAUAAUAGAUAUCAUCCAGAAUAUUAUAAUUGUAGACAAUCGUUUGUAAUUACAAUUAAUUGACAAUUGUGAUUGUAAUUAUAGUUUUCAUUAGAAUUGUAAAUUUUAAUCAUAAUUGUAUGAUCGGGUACAAUAACCAUCUUUACACUUGAACACCGUGGGAAUAGUGACGCCUAUAUGAAAUUCCUCGCUCAUUUGAUUGGCUGUCAUUUCAUGAUCUUGAAACAGUAGCCGAUUAAAUGAAAGAGAGACUUCUCUGGGUGGAUCUCUACUCAUUCUACUCUCAGCGUAAAAGAAAUUAAUUAUUCAAUUUCAUAUAAUUGUUAUUAUAAUUAUAUUACUUACCAUGGCAGUUAUUGUAUCCGAACUCUCAAAUGUGACUAAUUUUUAUAGAAACAAAUUAUUUUACAAUUAUAUAGUUGUCUUUUGUUUAUAUUCGUGUUAAAUAUGUUUAUAAAUGUAACAAUUGUAAUUUACUUAAACAAUUAUUAAAGUUUAUUAAUUAUAAUCACAAUAAUGAAAUUAUUUGUAAUUAUCGAACAGCGGUAAAAAUAUAUCGUGUGAAUCUUAAUAAUAAUAAUAAUAAUAAUUAAAAGGGACUGAAUUGCGUAUGUGUGUGUACAUUUGUGAGAUUGUGACAAAGAAUGAAUUUUUUUGUAACUUUUGUAUUUAAUAUAGCUGAAUAUCUCCGUUCUUAUAUAUUUUUAUUCAAAUCAUUUGGAAUCCAAUGUUAUUUUAAUUUGACAAAAAACUUAAUAUGUCUAACGGUGCGAACGUGUGAAUAUAUAUGUAAUAUUAAUUAACUAAGCGAAUUUUAAACUUGUUAUUAUAAAUAUAUAUAUAUAAAUAUAUCUGUUUUUGUACAAUAUAUAAUUGACGUAGUGUAAAGCCCGCGUGUAUAUGCGUGAGUUUUACUAUAAAAGACGAAUGUUCGGGAGAAUACGAGUAGGAUUUCCCAGUGUGUUGUUUUUCGUGACUGAUGAGUGUCACUAUUUUUCUAAUUAUAUACAUUAUAUAUAGUCUUCCAUGUAUAAAAAAAAUUAAUUAAAUAUUAAUUAUGAAUCCAGAUGCAAUAAGUGUCUUUUUGAAGUAACGCCCACGUGUGUCUCGCCUUCCUUCUCAUUGGUCAUUCAAAAACUAGGAGAGGGAAUUCGAUACUUCGAGCUCGAACUUAAAAGACAUCUAUUUCAUUUGGACUCUUAGUUAUUAAAAGAAAGGGGAAAAAUUAAAUUCAAUGGCAGAUUUCUCGAUGAAAUAGUCUGCAAUUAUUAAAAAAAAAAUGUUUUUUAAUUCUAAAUUUUAAAUAGAAACAAUCUAUAUGCAAAUAUAUGAUCAUUUUACAUUUGUCUUUUUCUCUAAAUUUCCGCGCGUGAAAAAAAUAUAUAAAAAGAAUUUUUUAAUUUCACUGCCAAAGAUUUAAAUUCGUGUAGUUUUCAGGAGAGAGUGAGAGAGAAAGAGAGAGAGAGAGUGUUUCGCUUUGAUAUUAUAUAGUAUAUAUAAAAUAAAUUGAAGGCAAAGUCACUGAGAUUUUCAGGCUACUCUUGUAGAUAAACUAUUUUUUAUUAUUAAUAUUAUUAUAAUUAUUAUUAAAUCAUUUCUAAUAAAUAUUAAUUUUUAUACAUUUAUUAAUAUGCGAUAUUGUAAGAAACUAUUUUUUUUGUAUCGUGCUCAAUGUUUCAUUAAAUAUCAAGUCGACAAAAUAUGAAGCCUACUGCGUUACAUAUAUAAAUAUAUAUAUAUAUAUCGAUAUAUGUUAUAUGAUAAUAUGAAAUUUGUAUAAACGCUUUAUUGUUUAUUUAAAUAAAGCUUUUCAACUCUAAGUUGAAAAUUAUAAAAAAGA